AUGGAUGUCAUGUCAAAAAGAUUCGAUUUCUUCGGCUUUAUUGCUGGGUGGAGCAUCGCAACCUCUGCUGAGACCGGACCUACCUUCCAGCUUGCACUGGCACUAGUCUCAUGCAUAUACUUUCUCAAUGACAAGAUGAAAAACCUUGGCAGGGCGUCUGCUACAGGGCUUGGACUCUUUGCGAGCGGUUGGAUAGUAGGUUCGCUGGUAGUCCCAGUGAUCCUGACAUUUAUUUUGCUGCGUACUUGGUGUCUGGAGCUCCUUACUUCGCUGGUCGCUUAUGUAUUUUUAUUCUUGGGCUGCAUCCACAGGGAUCGGACAAUCUUUUUGCCUUUAUGGAUAGAUUGUUUCAAGAGGAAUUUACUGCACUUUUAUUAUGGUCGGGUUUCAGAAGUAAGCUAA